UGUAACUGUACCAGAUCCCUCAAAUAGCGCUGGCGGCUAAUUAAGCGAGAGCACAAGGCAAAGACCUCAGACAAAGGGCCCCAAACUGUGGCCGCCAAAGGGUUGUUUUGCAGGGUCAUCGUAGGCCAACAAUUUUCCCCAAGUUUACCGGAACCGAUCUUUCCUGUUUUGUUAUGUCCUCGCUUCUGCAAGUUAAGUUCCAUGCGGCUCCGGAGAGCCUCAAUGGGAGUUGAAUGGGACGAGAAAGCUCCAGACUGCAAGCUGGAGGUCCGCUCCUAUUGUGUCUAUUGUCUCCAUUGUCCACCUAUUGUACCUCCUUCCUUUGUUCACCUUCCGCAAAAUGCAUCCACAGCGCCCUCUGUUCUUGCGUAGGACAUGGCUGGCUUUUAGCGAAGCCAAAGUGAUAAAAUGAUAUCGGAAUUUAUGAACAGAAGAAUCAAGACGGUGCCGGCGACACCGGUGUUUUCAUGCUUCAUUCCCCACAAUAUCACCACUCACUUGACGUCCGUUUCUCGAUCUACUCACAUUUCCCCUCCACGAUGAUUUCUUAACAUCGUGUAAUAUUUCUCUAUCAGCUGCUUCUUGUUUUGCUCUCUGGGCUGGCCCCUUAAUUUCAACAGUGAUCAAGAAUUCGGACUUGACUACAGUUCUUUACUCUCCCAGCUUAGCUUCUUGGACACUACCUGUCAGUAUGAGGCCGCUUACGACAAUAUUACUUACAACAGCACAUCUGCUCUUUGGCCAGGUGCCAACUUCAUCAGCAGCAUGGCUGGAACCAAGACAUCACUUCACAAACCGCGGAGGUUAUGCAAAGAUGGGGAGUGGGAUCAAGGUGGUGGUGCAUCCUCACCCGCAGCUGGUCGGCAGUAGCACAUUUGAUCAGCUUCUUGAUCAUCACAAUCCCUCCAAGGGCACCUUCAAGCAGCGUUACUUCUGGGAUGCUUCGAGUUGGGCCGGUCCUGGCUCGCCUGUUUUUCUUUUCAACCCGGGUGAGGAUGCUGCAGACGGCUAUGUUGGAUAUCUCGACAACCACACGCUUCCUGGGCUGUACGCCGAUACCUUCCAGGGGGCUGUCAUAGUGAUAGAACACCGCUACUGGGGCAAGAGCAUACCCUUCGACAUCCUGACAGCCGAAACUCUCCAGUACCUGGACGUACCCCAAAGCAUCAUGGACAUGACGCACUUUGCCAAGACGGUGCAGCUGAGCUUUGACAGCUCCGGCGAUGGGGGUGCCAACGCAGAAAAGGCCCCCUGGGUGCUGAUCGGCGGCUCGUACUCGGGCGCCCUGGCGGCGUGGACGCAAAAGCUCAGCCCGGGCGUGUUUUGGGCUUACCACGCCACCUCGGCCGUCAUCGAGGCCGUGCACGACUUCCACACCUACUUUGCGCCCAUCGAGGCCGCCCUCCCGCGCAACUGUAGCGCCGACGUCCGUGCCGUCGUCGCCCACGUCGACCGUGUGCUCGACUCGCGCAACUCGACGGCCGUGCGGCGGCUGAAGCGCAUGUUUGGGCUCGAGCACCUAGGCCACGACGACUUUGCUGAGCAGAUCACCACGCCCAUCUGGAAGUGGCAGGGUGACCACCGUGCCGUCUUUGACUUUUGCGACUACAUGCAGACGGAUGAUGGGAGUAUCAAGAAUGUGAACCUGACCAGCGACAGGGGCCUUGGUCUGGAGAAGGCGCUGCCGUUGUAUGCCAAGUUCGUCAACGCUACGCAAGGGGAGGUUUGCCGGCAGUUUAACUGCGACUCGCACAGUAAUGCGCGAGGAUUCAACACGCCAAUGGACCUCUCUGGUAGGAGGCAAUGGGACUGGAUGUUAUGCCACAACCCUUUCGGCUGGUGGCAGGUCGGCCCGCCCAAGUCGGACGGCACCAACAUCGUCUCGUCGCACUUGCGACCCGAACACUUCUCGCGGCAGUGUGCCCUCAUGUUCCCCACGACCGGCGGCUUCAACAUUGGCUCAGUCCGGGGCUUCACCGAGUCGAUGCUGAACGCGUGGACGGCCGGCUGGGACGCCGAAUUUGAGCGCGUCAUCUUUUGCAAUGGCGGUGACGACCCCUGGAACAGCGCCACCGUCACCUCCAAGUUCCGGCCGGGCGGCCCGCGCCGGUCCACAGACAAGGCUCCCGUGUUUGUGAUUCCCGGAGGAAUCCACGUGCCGGAUUUGGUCGUCGACGACACGCCCUCGGAGAGUCUGGUCGUGUCCCAGGAGAUUGAGGUCAUGGGGAGGUGGUUGGCGGAGUGGACCGAGGAGCAUAGCAGGGGCCCUGUAGGUUGAAGACUACUGACAGGUACAGGAUUUAAUUUCAUCUAUAGCAAUACGUCCUGCAUGCUCAGGGUCUUCUGCUCAUAACCUAGCUACUUACCCACCUCCAUAUAGACACUGUCUUUGCGACGCUUGACGUUAAAUGUCAUUUAAAUAAAAAAAUAUGGAAUUCAAAUUGAC